AUUACAAAAAAACAGUUGGAUAAUGUUGGUGGUUCUGGCGAUACAACAAAAAAUAUUGAUUUGAAAAAUAAUUGUAAUGUUGACAAAAGCAAAACAACAACAUUUCAAGAACUAUCAGUUGCAAAACAAUCAUUAACUAAUUUUGAAGAAGGAAAAGAGAACUUUGUUGGAAUAAAUGAAUCAUUUCCAAUGAAAACAUAUUUGGAUAUGGGAGAUAAAUACCUCUUAUUAGCCGAAUUUUCGGACCGUACUGUAAAUUACGGACGGAGUUUUUUUCCAUCGAUUUAUGACUCAAGCGCGAAGCGCUCGGGCCAUAAAUCGAUGGAAAAAAACGAGGAACCGUAAUUUACAGUACGGACCGAAAAAACGAGGCUAAUAAGAUGUUUACUAUAUGGCUUCUUCCUGUUUGGGGGACCGGAAACAAGUGCAGGACGCAUGAUUUGACAGUCAUUUGACAGGUGCCAAAAAAGAACGUUUAAAUUGCGCUCUAAAACAAUAGCACGUGACAAAGGCUUUCCGAGAAAGUAAAAACAAAUUCGCCAUGUUAAAAAAGUUUAUUCGGUCAAAACUAAGAGCACUGUAAGUUUUAGCUCUUUAAUGUAACGCUGGAGUAUUUCAGAAAGUCGUUUCCAUCUUCCCUCCGAUUGUCCUUGUAAAAAAACACUGCAAAAGGCAAAGAAGCUUUUCAAAGUAAGUUUGUUGUCAUUGUCGAAGGAUUCGCUCGUUAAUUGUUUUUGGGAAAACCUCUCUUUCUGCCAGUUCAUUCUCGUCUUCAAUUGUGAUCUGCGUUAAGUUUUUCAAACACUGACUAGAAUUCUCUUCCUCGGUAAGUUUACGAUUCAGUUUCUACAACAGCUUCGUUCUCAUUAAAACAAAGCUAGGUUAAAAUUUGGAAAGGCAAAGUCAACAUCCCAGUCCUCCGGGUUUACCUACAUAUUUCAAAGUUUAUUCGGUGGAUACUAAGAGCACUGUAAGUAUUCACUCGUUAAUGUGACGCUGGAGUCUUUUGAAAACUGGACAUUAUUGUGUCUGGCUCGAACUCGCUACUAUCUUCUUUCGUUGGUCUUUGAAAAAAACACUGCAAAUGGCAAAGAAGCGUGUCAAGAUGAUCGGGUGAGGUAUGUUUGUUGUCAUAUUUGUUGAAGGAAUUACUCAUUUUCUGUUAGGCUAAACAUCUCGAAUCUCUGCCAGUCGAUUUUCGUCGUCUUAACUGUGUACUACGAUAAAAUUUUCAAACACUGGCUAGAAUCCUCUUCGAUAAGAUUACGAGUUAGUUUCUUUAUCGCCUUCGUUCACAAAUAAACACAGUUUAAAAUGUUGAAUGCUUAAGUCAACAUCCAAGUCCUCAAGGUUGACAGGCGUCUUAUAACUUUAUUUAAACAUUUUUUCCGAGGUAGAGAGAUUUAGACCUCCGAGAUGAGCAUUUUCUUUAAAAAUUGUGGUCCGUAUAGCAAGUUACGGACCGCAAAUUGACCAAUCGCAUGGCAAAAACAGACUCAGCCAUAUAAUAAUUGCAUUUAUAAUGUUAAGCCUCCAAUUAACAAUGACCAAGGAGCAAACAAAGGAUAUGUCGACUCAGCAAUAACUGCUGAUUAUCAAAAAAGUCGAAUAUUGAUUUGAAAAAUACUUACAAUGUUCUUAAUAGCAAAAAACGAAAUGCAAUAUCAUUAGCAGCAAAAAAAAAUACUCUUAUAAGUCUAGCUGAAGGAGAAGAACAUUUUGUAAAGAUCAAUAAUGAGACUAUUAUGUGGGCAAAAAUAAAUAUGAAUAACAAUCAAAUAUUCAACCCUCCACUUCCAACUGGGCAAAAUCAACCAACAACAUUGGCUUUUACAGACAACAAAUAUCUUCCUCGUGAUGGAAUAGCUGCAAUGCUUAAUGACUUGAAUAUGGAUAAUAAAAAAAAAUAAUUAAUUCAAUACAACCAACAUCUGACACAGAUGCUGCAAACAAAAAGUAUGUGGAUGAUAAUAAAGUUGAUGUUAGAAAUUAUCUUAAAGCUGAUGAAACAAACAAAAUGACUAGAGAUUUAAACAUGCAUUAUAAUCACCGAAUAAAACACCUACGUGAUGAACCUCAAAGUGGAACUGGUGCAGUAAAUAAAAAUUAUGUUGAUUCUGUAGUGCCUCAUUCACAUGUUAAACCAAGUCAUCAAAAAGAUGAAUUUGCAUUUUUGAUGUCAAAUGUGUUAGAAUGGACUGAUUUACUUGGUAGUAGUUGUAAUCUUACAAAGAUUGCAGAUUUAUCACCAACUAAUGGCAAU